CACACACACAAAAAGGGCUUCGCUGGUUCAUGCGAGGAUAGCGACCGUCCUGAGCUGAACUCAAUGUUACAAAUAGGAGCUGCGUUAUUCCAAGUGGAGCAGAGUGGAUGUGCGCCACACACUUGAUAAUAUUGAGUAACAGCGAGGAGUGGAUCUGCAGAGUAAACCCAGAGAGGCAGACAGAGACAAGAAGCACUUCUUCCUGAACGGGACACACAGACUUCAGCAGAGGAAACCGAGAAGUGUUCAUCCUUCUUCAGAGCUUUCAUCACUAGGUGGCACUGUUGCUGCAUCCUGAAAGACGAGCGGUUCUCUUCAGCCUGUGCCAUAGACGAAAGAGUCACUUCAGCCGUGACUGGCAUGAUGUUUGAAGAGGAGUCCCAGGUGAGGGGACGGCAGGAUGUGGCCGUGCUCCAGUCUCUGGACUCACCUGAAGCAGUGACUCCAGGUGGGGGCGGAGGGUCAGGACCCCUGUCCUUCACAGAUGAAGCUGUAUCCAUCUUGACCUCCAGCAGCAUGCUGGCCCGCUCCCUGCUGGGACGCAGCUCCGCGGUCAAGCGGAAAGAAAGCCCCUCUUCCAGCAUCCGCCGCAAGCGCGAGUUCAUCCCUGUUGACAAAAAGGACGAGGGCUACUGGGACAAGAGAAAGAAAAACAACGAGGCAGCUAAGCGCUCCCGGGAGAAGCGGCGUGUUAAUGAUAUGGUCCUGGAGAGCCGCGUUCUGGCUCUGCUCGAGGAAAAUGCUCGUCUUAGAGCUGAAUUGCUGGCCCUGAAGUUCCGCUUUGGCCUGGUCAAAGACCCCUCCAACUCCCCUAUUCUGCCUCUCACCGCAGCUCCUCAACACAACUCUCAAACUGUGACGCCUCACUAUUACCUCCAGAGAGGAGAGGGAGGCCUCCCUAGCCCGUCAGUCUCACAUCUCAACAGCCAGACGGGCCAGCCGAGCAGCAGGAGCUCCAGGGAUGCUGGGAACAUGUCGGAGGACUCUGGGUUCUCCACGCCAGGCGGGUCCAGUGUGGGCAGCCCCAGUGUGGGCAGCCCCAUCUUCUUCGAAGACCGCCUGAGUGAUCAUGGGAAAUUAUCACCGCACAGAGCAGAUGAGGUAGGCUACGACCUCAACCACUCCCCGGUCGAUGUCCAUCACACUACAGGGGUUACAGGAGGGAAGCUGGACUACGCCGAAACCUUGAAAAACCUCCCUCACAAGCUACGCUUCAAGAUGCCCGGCAGUGGGGACACAGGCGACGCUACAGGCGACAGACGCAGCCCAACAAUGUCUACAGCAGGGCGGGAAGGUCAGAGAGAGGUCACUAGAGGACUCAGUGGAGGUGAAACGGGACCAGGGCACUUCACCGGCUCCUGGCUACAGCAGCUGGAAGGGGAGGAGGCGAGGAGGGGGAGACUUUCUCCUCAAUUCAAUGCCUCAGCUUCCAGCUACAGCCCACAGACUUCUCCCACACGAGGGCCCACUGAGGUCCAGUAUAAGCACGAGAACACUCACCUGAAGUCCCAGCUCAACUCUCUGAGCGAGGAGGUGGCUCAGCUGAAGAAACUUUUCACAGAGCAGCUAAUGGCCAAAGUCAACUGAGGACCCGGUGCUGUGAGUCAGAGUCUUCCAACGUCCGGACUUUAAGGACAAAGAAAGUGAACUCAGAAAACAGGAGUGAUAAGGACUGAUAAAACUUGACUUUUGAGUCUAACAAACUUUUAACAAUGUGUUUGUUUUUUUUUUGUGUUCAAAUACUGUAUUAUAUUGUAACAAACAUUCAUCUCAUUACCCACUGUUUAAAAUCGCCUAAAUCUCAGCUCCAAGCCGUGUUGCUCAGACAGGGAGUCUUAUCUGUAAUAGUGUCAAGUGUUUAUAAGUGUCUCUUUUUCAUACACUGUGAUAACUGAAAACACUGUUUACAUGACGUCAUUAAAAUACAAACCCAACAUCAUCACCUCACUUGACUUACACACAACAAGUUCAGGGGUUCUAAAGCCAGCAGGUUACAAAAACAUGAAGUAGGAGGGCAAGUUGAAUAUUUGUAUUUAGAGUGAUGAUGCAUUGCACACUGCAUUGCUAUUCUAUUCUAUUGUUCUGAAUAAAUAACUUUGCCUUGAGUGGUACAAUUUUACACACAUAACACGUUUUCUGCUUGUUCAUCAUCACCUGUUUUGUGUCGUGUUAAGGACCUCCGCACUGUUACAUGUUUUCUGUUUCACAUCUCACCUCGGCCUCUGAUCCUACCUGGUUUGCAGACAUUUUAUUACUGCCAUGUUAUCUGUACUGAGGGCCACGAGGAGAAUUUAAAGUCUGCUGUCUUUCUGUGUAAUUUAAUAUUGAAAAAAUAAAUACCUUUGACAGAUUUAA